AUGACAAUUUCAGGGGCACAAAUCAUAAAUAAUGUCCAGCUGGCAGCAGCUCGUCCGGCCAACAAAGCACAAGUGGAUAAUCUCAUUCCGCCAAAAGCCUCCGUGUUUCCCGAUAUCGAGAUGAACCAGACCAACAAACCCCCCUCUUUCUUCGUCAAUCCCAAACACGGGCUCCCUCCCGCAUCGCUAUCAACUUCCUCGCUGGUUGGUCGGCAACUAUACUGA